GCUUUGGGAGGGGUUCUGCCCGCCUCCCUGGCACAACUCGGUUUGGCUCAUACAGCUGAAAAUCAGUUUAUAGGCGACAGUUACUCUUCUCUCAACCCGUUAGAACAAUGUUCAGAAACGUCAGCUGAGAGCGACACAACUACUUUUUCGGCGUGAGCUCGUGAUGCUUGAUUCGCGCGCAGUCCGCGUGCCCUCUCAUGUCUUGUGCGCUUCUCUCAGACAUCAUUGUGUUUUGGGGUUCUCUUUUUUAAAUACGUUUACUCGUUUGUAAAAAAAACUUUUUUUAUUUUUUUCAUUUUUUUCAUUUUUUUUUUUUUUACAGUUUUAGUUUCUAAUUAACGCGUCAUUUCAAUAAUGUCGAGAAGGAAAGUGCGUCUCGCGCGCUCGGAGCGGACACUAAGCGAGGACUCGGACAUAGACAGCCUGCUGGAGAGCCUCUCUCCUGAUGAGGUGGAGGAGCUGGAGAGGGAGCUGGUUGUCAUCGACCCGGAUCCCAGUGUGCCCGUGGGGCUCAGGCAGAAGAACCAGACCGAGAAACAGCCGACACGCGGGUACGACCGUGAGGCCAUGCUGGACUACUGCGAGCGCGAGACCAAGAAACUCAUAGAGAGAGAGCUGUCCUUUGAGGGAGAGGCCAAAGGUGAAGGCCGUAGACGGGAGAGACUACGUAGAACAAGAAGCAAAGAACAGCAGAGUUUUUCUAGGUCACACAGCCGUGAAGCAUCAGAUAAAGAUGAGGCAAAAAAUGAAAAAGCACAUGUCCAAGAGGAAAAAAGUCUGCACAAAAAUUGCACAGAUGAAGAAAUGAAAAAAAAGGAUGAGGUCAAGGCGACCACUGACAACAAAACCGAAUGGAAAAACAGUGAAAGAGGAAAAGAAAUGUUAGCAGGGAGGAAUUUAGAUACAGAGGAAGAAAAUAAAAAAGAUAACCAAAAGGAAGCAUGUAAAAAAGUGCGAGGUAGCAGCAAAACAUCAGAGCUUAUUUCCAAACUACAGAAAAAGGAGGAAAAUAAAGAAAAGGAGAGAAAGGACAGCAGUAAGAAUGGAGAAAACUUGAGAACAAAAGGGUUAAUAUCCAAGUUAAAAGUCAACAAAGAUGUAGAAAACACAGAGAAAGAAGAGAAAGGAAAGGUAGAGAAAAAAAGAGAGACUAGGGCAAAAGAACUUGUUUCCAAAUUGGAGGAGCAGAAGAGAGACUCAGAAAAUGGCAGAGUUUCAGACAGGAGAAGCAGACUGAGAGACUUGAAGGAUCCUGUGAUAGUGAAAAAGAAGGAAAAGGAAGAGUAUAGUGAAAAAACUAGACCCUACACUGAAAGAGAUUUAACUGAAACAGAGAAAAGGAAGGACAGACUGAAACGGUGGCAGAAAGUUGAUGAGACAGACAUUGAGCAAGAAAAACAGAAAGAGAAAAAGCAAGAAAGAGGUAAAGAUGAAGGGAAUAGUGUAGUGAAAAAUGCUAAAACAUACAGUAAUGUUAAUGAGACCUGUAGUAGUGGGGAUGAGGAAGAACAUAAUGAUGAGGAUGAUUAUAUGGACAGUGAUACUGGCUCCAGCAUGUUUGAUGACCUCUUGGAGCAGGUCCGUAGUGAUGAUCCUGAACUCACCGAGCUUAAUAUCAACAACUCUGAUGUAAUCAAGACAGAUACUCUGAUCCACUUUGCUGAAGGACUUCGCAGUAACACUCACAUUAAAACAUUUGCUCUUGCCAACACCAGAGCUGAUGAUCAUGUAGCUUUUGCCAUUGCUGGGACUUUACGGAACAACACUACGUUAACAGGGAUCAACCUGGAUUCCAACCUUCUCACUGGCAAAGGCAUUCUGGCUAUUAUUGAGUCUUUGCAGCACAAUGUAACCCUUAAAGAACUUCGUUUCCACAAUCAGAGACACAUCUGUGGAGGAAAGACUGAAAUGGAAAUGGCUAAGGUGCUACGGGAUAAUACUUCAUUACUCAAGUUGGGUUAUCACUUUGAGCUAGCUGGGCCAAGGAUGACCAUGACCAACAUCCUUAGUCGUAAUAUGGACCUUCAAAGGCAGAAACGACUGGAAGCUCAGCGCGUUGCCAAGCAGGAAGCUCAGACAAGCUCACCAGCUCCCAGUGAAAAGAAAAAGAAGCUUAUACCUGACAAGUCCACAAUUAAGCAGACUCCACAGUCCAACCAUGUUGAGAAAAAGGAAUCUAUAUUAGCAAAAGUUUCCAAAUUUAACAAUCCCAAUUCACCCCCCAAAACCACUUCACCCCCCAAGUCCAUGGCUGCCCCCUCAUCUUCCAAACCAAAAGUUAAAAAAGGUGGGCUCACUACAGAGUCAAGCCCAGGUCCUCCAGCUCCUCCUCCUCCUGCCCCAGUGCUGGAUAUUCAGUCACUUCGGAGGUCGUUGUCCUCAGUCUCACAGCGCAAACAAGACAGCAGCAAUGUUUCAGGACGGGGGACACAAAAGAGUUCCAGAGAUCAGUUGCUGGACUCUAUCAGGAACUGCAACAUGAACACACUCAAAAAAGUCGAUGUUCCUAAGUGGCUGAAGUAGCUGAUGGCAUAGGAAGCAGAAGCGGAGCAAGUCAGCUUUAGUGGAUGUCCAUGAUGGCAGUGAUGGCUCUGGAGUCAAAUGCAAAAAUAUUUGAGAAUAGUAUAUUUGGUAUAUUAGAGCAAUGCUUACAAAGCGUUAUCUACUAAAAUCCUUAGAUCCUUAAUGCUGUAAGAAAAUUAAACAUAUUUUUUAUA